GGGGGGUGGGGGGAGAAGGCAGGGAGGCGGGGGCGGGCUCUUGCCUGUCUGCCCGUCUUCCUGCCUGCCUCAGGAUGGCCCUGAGUGUCAGUGCUUCAGCCGUGGGGCUGAGGGCUUAAAAGUUUCCUGGAGGAAGGCCGGGGAAAGCAUCCCCCGUGUCCCAAGCAGAUCUGAAUGGGGGCUCGUUGUCACCAUGGAGGGGGUGCUGUAUAAGUGGACCAACUAUCUGAGCGGCUGGCAGCCCCGGUGGUUCCUUCUCGCAGGAGGGGUGUUAUCCUAUUACGACUCACGGGAAGAUGCUUGGAAAGGCUGUAAGGGAAGCAUCCAGAUGGCAGUAUGUGAAAUUCAAGUUCAUCCUACAGAUAAUAUGCGGAUGGAUUUGAUUAUCCCUGGAGAACAGUACUUCUAUCUGAAAGCCAAGAAUGCAGCUGACAGGCAAAAGUGGUUGGUUGCCCUGGGAACUGCCAAGGCCUGCUUGACUGACAUCCGGACGCUGAAAGAAAAAGAGUACACAGAAAACACAGAAGCACUGAAAACUAAAAUGGCAGAACUUCGGCUGUAUUGUGACCUCCUCCUUCAACAAGUGGAUAAAACAAAGAAUCUUGUUAAAAUGGAACCACUGUUGAAAUCCACCUGCACAACAUUCCUGAAGACCCUUGAAGAAUGUAUGCAAAUUGCCAACGCAGCCUUCUCGUCUGAGUUGCUCCAUCCCACGCCAUCUGGAUCCCCACAUUCGGCUCUCCGCAAAUUAAACAAGCUAAAACUUCCCAGCCUAUUCAGCCACGGUGUAGCAGAAAGGCAGAUGGAACUAAAGAACUGUGAAAACGGAUCUAUAUAUGCAAACGCCAACCUUCCUGAGCCAACCCUGAUUGAUAAUCAGACCCCUGUAUCUAUGAAACCCGGUGGGAGCAAGAAAGAGGGAGAGGGGAAGCUGCUGCCAAACAAAGACAAUCAAGACCAAUCGUUAGAGCUGGCAGGGAGUUCCCUGAACAAAUCAGCAUCACUGAAAGAGGAAACAAACAAUGAUUUUCCAACGUUCUUCAGCGCUAUGAGCAUUAGAUUUAGUGAUAUCAUACUUGCUGAAGAUGAAGGUAUACCUACAGAGGAGUUUCUGCGAUCUUGUUAUGAAAUCGUACCGGUACUGGACAAACUUGGAUCCAAAGUCUUUGCUCCUGUUAAAAUGGAUUUUGAAGGUAACAUCAAGAAAAUCAAUCAGAAAUAUAUAACCAACAAAGAAGAAUUCAACACCCUUCAGAAAAUCAUCCUCCAUGAAGUGAAAACUGAAGAGGCCCGGGUUCGACACUCUGCUACAGAGGCUCUCAUGUGGCUGAGAAGGGGGUUAAAAUUUUUGAAGGAAUUUUUAACUGAACUGAAGAAUGGAGAAAAGAACAUUCAAACAGCAUUGAACAACGCUUACGGAAGAACUUUGCGGCAGUACCACGGUUGGGUUGUCCGAGGUGUUUUUGCACUAGCACUGAGGGCGUCUCCUACCUAUGAAGGUUUUGCAUCUGCACUGUCUGUGGGCGAACGUGAUUAUGAGGAAGAAGCUUUUUAUAACGGAAUGAGAAGGGACCUUGAUAUCUAUCUACCAGCCAUGGAAAAACAGCUCAGCAUUUUGGACGCACUGUACGAACAACACGGGCUGGAGUCGGACGAAGUAGUGUGAUCUCCAGCCAAAACAGUGCCUCACGUAUUCAGGGAUUGUGUCUGUUAACAUAGCGUUUUUUCCCCCCCAGAAGGUGUUUUCUGUUCUGGUCUGUGUUUUUUCCAUACUUGGGAAGGGACUCAAGGCUUCCUUUUUAUAUAUGUACAGAAUUUUUUUUAAUGCUUGUUUGUGUUUAACUGCAAAGGUGCUAUAUAUAUAUAUAUAUAUUCCAGCAGGGGUGUGCCUAUCUUUCUAGCAAGUAUCUGCAGCCAGAGCUUUUGGUGUUGCCUGGGUGGGAAGCCCUAAUGGGGCCACAACUCCAACCACUGAACAGCCACAGAAUGUACGGUUGGACUGAUAACUUCGGAACUCGUAUAUAUGAUUUGCAGGAUUACGAAUGUAGAACAACAUGCACAAGAGCAGGGUUUAAUUUCCCAACCUCAAAACACAGCCGCAGUUGCAAAGUCCCAUAUCCCACAGAAGUGAGUGCCCAUGCAGGUCUCAUUCUUGAAAGCAUCAUACACAGAAUCCAAGGUUUAGUGUCACAGCUACCUCUGAGACCUCCCCUUACUGACACUAGUGCUGCAUAUCGAAGCCGUUGGCCAUCUCCAUCCACAGCGGGGCUGUCUCCCUUUAUAGUAAAUAAGGGCUUGUCCCAUUGUACGCGAUAAGCUGAAACCUUAACAUCAGAGUCUUUGGAUGGGUUUCCAGUUUGAUGUUUUGAUGCUGAGCCAGAAGUACUGAAAGAACCCUUGCAAAAUUAAUUGAGGACACGAUUAGUUCUGGCCCUGUGAUCACCCAUCCACAAUGCCAACAGAUCAGGUGAGGUGGCUUGCAGAGUGAUGUGUGGGACACAGAGGAUUGAGCAGAAACUUGCUUGGACUUGACAUAUCCAGUGCAGAUAAAUGUUCUUGCACUCUCAGGUUAACCUGCUUUGCAAUCUCCAGAACAGUUUACGACAGUUCUGAGAUUGGCACAUCUACAACAUGGGGGGAGGGGCCCAUUUAGCUUACAGAUGGUUUGCACUACAGUACCCACCGUCGGAUAUCGGGACCGUGCUAUGUACAGUGGGUAGGAUUGGAGGGCCAGAGAAUUCUCCACCCUGCUUGCAACCAAAUCAUAUCUAUUCUGUGGUUGGUUUGUUUUUUAAUGUUCCAUGCUACUGCCUAAUCUGGAUUAUUCUCCCCCCUCCAUAGUUUUGGAAUAGAAUCUGGGCUAAUGGAAUAGGAACUUAAGGUAGCUGGUAACCUUUUGUUUAAAAUUAUAGUAGGUUGGCCUUAUCAGAGUUCAUGGUGAGCAAAUAUUCCUCCAAUUAUAUUUAAUAUCAUGCAGCAGUUGCUAUAUAGGAAAUAUACACAGGGCAAAACCCACAAUUAUUCUUCCCUGGAGUAGACCCAUAGAAAUCAAUAGAACUUAAACUAGUUGUGAUUUACAAAUCCCAUUCACUUCACUCGAGUUAGUCUAGUUAAAAAGUAACGUAGGAAUUAACUCAUGGACUUUUUAGUGUUUAUGUUAAUGUGUCGUGUGCCUUCUAUGCUUUAAGGCAAAUGCAUUCAUCAUUUUAGUUUUUGCAUGGUGUAACAGUCAGGAGAAGGAGAAAUACUUGGAAGAGUAGUGGCUGAUGUUCCUAGAUCAAAGGGCUUCAUGCCCCAUAUGUCAAAAUUGCCAAAACAAAAUCCAUCUUUCUCGUUCCUUUCCUAGCAAAUGGCUGCUGCAACCUUCCUUUCUCCCCUCCACAGACUCUGGUUUUCCUUUUUUGCUGGUUUUUUGCAUGUGCAGACUGCUGCCUUUAGGAUAAUAUCGGCCAAUAUUCCUUGCGUCUCUCACCGUUGGCCCUGCUGAUGGGAGCACCAGUCCAAUAACAACUGCUGGCCUGCACUUUUCCAGGACCGCCCUGCAUCUGUUUCUUUUUCUUUCUGUUGCUUUGCAUUCUUCCUACAUAUAAGAUGCAUCUUUUUGAUUUCUUGAAGUGUUUUAUAAUAUGUUCUAUAUAGCUUGUGGAGUCUCAAGAAGAACAUAAUUCUCUUUAGGAGAAAGCUGGGAACCUUGUGAUGUUAGUGAAAGACUGCUAUAAACCAUCUGUAGAGGAGAUCUCUGUACUCUUUACCCAUGCAUGUGGCUACCUCCAAUUUCCCAGCUUUUUCCAAUAUCUGUGGAUGUGGUUAUCGUACAGGGCUGGACCAUGUAUCAGUGAUUAUAUUGAGUCUUUCACAGUGUUAUAUACGCCACUUGGAAACCUCAGCGUGUACUUCCUCCAUCCAGUCAUCUGAAUCCAGCUUUAAACAUCAGGGCAUUGUAAAAUCAAGGCAGGAUCGCAACAUUGGAGAGAUUAAUCAUUGGUUCCAUGCCACAUUCCUGAAGCUACCUCCUACAACAAAUAGAAAUGUGGUUUUUUAAAAAAUGUAUGGGUAGAAAUGUAGCAGAGUACAGUAAUCCCAUGAUAUCAGUCCAGUACUUUUAAAUGCCUCCCAUGACUGAAUUCUUAUAGAAUUGGUCCUUCUAGAUUUGUUCUGUAAGUCCAUAUUUUCUGUGGUUCUCUCUUUAGGAUGGAAUAUUGGGAGAAGUGAGCUAGAUAAUUUGAAGAAAACUCUGAACAAGUUCUGGAAUUUUAAAAACUGAAUUAGGUGUUUGAAUGUGGAUUUUACUGUUUGGAGUGUAGAACCGCAAACCAUCUGUCAGAACUGCUGGAUAGCUCAAUGCUUUCGGUAUCUGGCUGCAGAGCCCAAGGGCUGGGAGUUCGAUUCCCCCCGUGCCUCCUUGACAGAGACUAUGCCCGACGAUCCGUAGGGUAUCUUCGAGCUUUGCAGUUCGAAGAUUAUCAUCAUUAUAUUAUUGUCUAGUGGAUUUAAAAGAUGGUCAUAUGGACUGGGCACAUUCAGACGUCUGUUUCUAUCCACUGUAAAAAAAAAAGCCCUUGUUCAUAAACAGUCCAGUUUUAUCAAUUUGAUGCAAGAGGUUACUUUUUAACAAUAUUGAAAAUCUUGAGUCUC